AUGGUACAUAUGCAGUACAAAGGCAGUAGAAACGUGAUGUUAUUGAGUGAUCGUGUCGAUGUUGUCGUGCAUAUGCGAUCCCAUCUGUUGCUAUCAAAAAGGCGUGGGUGGGUGAACGCCGCAGAGGAGGAGGAGGAGGAGAAAGACGAGAAGAGGAGCCCGACUCGUAUCCGGUUUAUCACUUUGCCUCCACCAUGUGUGGUUGAUUAG